AAUUGGUAGCCUUGCCUUGACUUGAAAAGCUUGAAGAUGUCUGAAGAGGAAGAAAAGCUGAAUCUUCGUCGCCUUGAGCCCGCUAUCCAGAAAUUUAUUAAAGUUGCUAUUCCAACAGAUCUGGAGAGGCUACGGAAGCACCAAAUAAAUAUUGAGAAGUACCAGAGGUGCAGUCUGUGGGACCGGUUGCAUGAAGAGCACAUCAAUGCCGGGCGCACGGUGCAGCAACUGCGAGCAAAUAUCAGAGAGAUGGAGAAACUUUGCUUGCGGGUCCGGAAGGAAGACCUGCCGGCUCUGCAGAGAUUGAUUAGCCCGGUGAAAGAGGAGGCCUUAUCUGCCAUAGAGGAAUUUCUGCGCCUCCAUUUGGAGUCUGCCGAAGAACUUAAAAGACAGUUGAAUGAACGACAGGCGUCGCCUCAAACACCACUGACCAGGUCGACAACUGUUGGAGAAGAAACAUUUCACGACCCCGAAACGGAAGGCACCUCUCAGAGUUUUAGCCAGCUGUUUUCUCCGCUCCCUGAAAUCCCCCAGGAUCAAAAUGCAGCUGAAUCGUGGGAAUCUUUGGAAGAGGACUUGAUUGAACUGAGCAAUCUCGUGACUGACUUCUCUGUGCUAGUUAAUUCCCAGCAGGAGAAAGUCGACAGGAUCGAAGACCACGUCAACACUGCCGCUGCAAACGUUGAGGAGGGAAACAGAAGCCUGGGAAAGGCUGCUAAGUACAAGCUGGCUGCUUUGCCUGUGGCGGGGGCGAUCAUUGGGGGCAUCGUGGGGGGCCCGAUUGGACUCCUCGCUGGUUUCAAGGUGGCAGGGAUCGCAGCCGCCCUUGGUGGGGGCGUGUUGGGCUUCACCGGUGGGAAACUGAUUCAAAGGAAGCGGCAAAAGAGGAUCGAGGACAUCUCGUGCAGCUGCCCCGACCUUCCCAGACAGGGUGACGGGCCCUCCACCUGA